AUGGCACGAGCUGAGCUGGCCCGAAACAGAUCGUCCGCCAGGCCAGCACACCAUCCCAUCCCCUCUUACCGUCCACAAGGACUCGAGAUGAAGGAAUUCCACUAAGUUGGCUCUUACUAUCCCAGCCUAUACUUGCCAGGAUCCAUCAUGCAAGCUAUCUGCAAUGUAACAUCAUUGCUUUUUGCUUUAGGCAAAGGCACAUGCAUGAAGAUCUCCGCUAAUGCGUGCAGAGACCUGAUUCGAGGACGGCAGGAAUCUCUUUAACGCUGCAGUGAUAGGAAAGGAGGGCCUUUCCAUGGAACCUGGUUGGUUAAGACCAAGGCGUUAUCUUCUGCAUGGUCGCCUUGGUGAGUCCCAGAUCCAGUACGCUGGGAGCGCCGUGACAUGGUUACAACCACUUAUUGCCAGGCAUGCAAGUAAUUCCCAGCUUAGCGCGGGAAUGUCGCCUCCUCGGAAACAUGGUAUAGCCUAGAAGAAAGCAGCAGAAUACCCUUUUGGUUAAAGAGCGAGACAGUUACGGAGGCGUUGAAUGAACAAUGACCCGACUGUAGCUGGGUGAAACGGAGGAUCUGGUGGGAACGGGGGAGUAUAAUUGGGUAUACA